AGUGCUGUGGAUUAUCGUCUAAGUUCAGACCGCUUUGCUGACGUUCGACUCAAAGAUGGCCGUGAUGAGUACGCCAUGUUUUUUGUGAUGUUCGCGCAUUAGAAAAUUUUUUUGAGAAUCGUAAUUCGUAUGAGCAAAAUGGCUGAUGAUGAUCCGUGGUUAUUAAAAGAAGACUGCAAUUUGAAUGUAGAUACAGAGUGCAAGAGUAUAAUAUAUCAUCCAAAUUUAAAUGUGAUUUUAAUAACAACUGGGAGUGCACAGGUAUACGUGUUUGAUGUCAACUCUGGAGUGAUCCUGCAGAAAAGUUCCUUGUCCGGUAAAUCAGGUGGAAAAAUACAGGGAGUAUAUUUAGCGGAAGGCGUAGACAAAGUAUUGUACACAGAUGGAAGAGGUAUCGGUGUACGCAGCGAUCACAACGGGGUUCUUCUACUGGACACAAUAUUGCAGACCCCCGUAUCAUGCAGCGAAGAUAUAAUAAAGCUAGAGCUGUUACUUAGCGAAGCCAUCUUAUUACACUCGUGCCUACGAUGCGUAGAGUUGACUGUAGGCGAUCACGUUCAAGAAGUGCUGCAAGAAUUGUCAGCAAAAAUUCUUGCGGCCCAAGCAAUCCAGAAAAAGGGCAUUAAGGCACAAAAAUGGAAUACCAUAUGCCUAGAACUGCCACAUGGCGCAUUGAAAUUGGUAUGUUCAGGAUUGGUUACAGAAUUAAAACUACAGAACAGACACAUCCCUGCACUGCCAAUUGCGUCGGCAAUCAACGAACAACUAAAUGGCCUAUUACCAGGCUUGGUAUUAGAAGGUGGUCCGGCAGAUAGAACACUUAUGUUUAGUGAAGCAGCUCGGCGUGACACAUUUUCUAAAUGGCCUCAUAUGAAUUACAAAUGGGCACUGCCUGACAAAAUGGCGCAGGCUGGGUUUUACCAUCAGCCAAAUUCAACGGGGGAUGACAGAGCAAUGUGCUUCACUUGCAACGUGUGUUUAGUAUGUUGGGAACCAACCGAUGAACCAUGGUCUGAACACGAUCGUCACACACCUAACUGUCCAUUUGUCAAAGGAGAGUACACACAAAAUGUCCCUCUGACAGUUGCUUUAGCUACGGCUCCUGCACGAGAAUCUGGUGACAAUGUUGAAAUAAUAAGCACAACGAACGUUGCUGGUCUUGUUGCCACUGCUUCAUAUAACGGCCUUGUUAACGUUUGGAACGUCAGUAACCAAUUGAAAAAAGAAAUUUCGUUUUUUGUUGUUACUUCCGACCAGGAUGUAACCAACAAGGAAUCAAUACAAUUUCACGCAGCAAGAAAUUUGGCCACACCCUAUCUGCCGAACCUUGGCUCAAACACGGAUCCUCUAUCUGAUUACAAACCGUUGGGAUCACAAUCUCACAAGCUACAGUUGACUGCUCUAUCGAUUGCGGGAGGUCCUAAACCAGAAGUAGAAGUGGAACCCAGUAACCUGAAUACAACAGUUUCUACUACUCUUGCCGAGGCCACAAGUACAGGAAUUAGGCCAUGUCUGGUGUGUGGUGUAUCUGUUACAUCAAAUAAUUCUUCGCAAAUAAGAACUUUAGAGAAUGUUUGGGCUGCUUCUACCGAUCUGGCACCAGCUUCAUCUUUGGUACGAGCCAUGAACAGCGUAAAUAGUGCCGCUAGCGACAGUUUAGAUAUUAUGAAAGUAGCCGAUAGAGGCACGCCAUCGAGAUCACAAUAUUUAAUCUUAUACGAUUUUUACCACAAAAUCGAUAUAACCCAACCUGCUAAGGCAGAUAAAACGAAGGAUUCCAAAACAAAGAAGGUCUUGUCUGGGACGGGAACUAGUGCAAGCUCUAACGGUGGUCGGCAGGAAAGUUUAUAUCAGGAAUUAUUUUUGAGUAAAUUGUUGUACGAGGUGCCCGUUAUCGAAGAUGUCAUUGAAGAUGUUGUAAUCGAAGAUGUCGAUGAAAUGGUAAUUGGUGCGCAUUUCGAUGCCCUAACAGCAUCCUCAUCUAAUGGAAUUCAGUGUUCUACACCAUUCAAUAUGGCUGUUCCUCCAACUUCCACCCUCCCGUUCGACGCUAAUUUCAAUCCCAUCAACGGGUGGGAGCAAUUCGCAUCAACCUCUGAUAUUACUGGGUUAAAUAAAAAGACACUGGACUUGAUGAAAACCCUAAAAACGGAGCCUGUAGUCAUACAGACGAUCUGCAUAGAUGCUCCAGAUGUCCAGCGCAUAACCUAUGCUGUUCCGUCAAAAGACGGAAGACACCUUUACGUUGCACUAUGCCCUGCAUCAGAUAUCGCGCUCUCAGAUCUACCGCCCACUACAAAUGCCAAUCGAAUGGAUAUAGAUGAAGAGAGUGAAUUCCUACCAUCAAAGAGUUACAUGUACUGGGACCAAAACGAGGUCGAGACGACCAAGCUAAUCAAUGGGGAAGAUCACAAUAAUCCAUGCAAGGGUGGCGCACUUUUACUCGUCUACGCAUUCGAUCUUACCGGCAAAGUCGUUAAGCUUCUACCAGAGCCAGUAGCUAGGCGUGAACUACCCAUCAGUCACGUUCCAAUUGAACAUGUCUUGCUGCCACUUCGAGACAAAAACCGUAGCCAGUCAUGUUCCUCCGGUUCGACUUCUAUCAACGCUCCACCUUCAUCCAAAAAACCAAGAGGUCAGAUAGCAUUAGUAUGCAAAGAUGGCGUUGUCAGACUACUAGAUCUUGCAACUUUGAAAACUAUUUCGGAAGCAAAACUGGAAGGGCGCAAGUUCGUCUCAGCCACAUACUGUAACAGUCGGGAAAGAUUGUGCGUAUGUACAAAUGACGGUGCGCUUCAUUUCUUUUCAACAAUGGAAGAAGAGGAUUCGACCGAAGAAAAGGAGGACAUCAAUGAUGUAAAUAUGGCUCCAGACACCGGAACCACUAAUAAUGAUGAGAUUGCUCCGAGUACUUCUACCAGUUCAGUUUCCUAUCAAGAUCCCAUAUUAGCGCAUAGAAGCAAUUUGACAUAUUCGGAUCUAAGAACAUUGUAUGAACUCACAAGAUUUGACCGCCAUUCUCCAGCAUAUGGAGCUACCGUCCCACCUUGUUGGAGUGAAAUGAUGCAAGCGCAAAGACAACGCCGUCAUCCGCAACACCUUCAUCAAUCAGAAGAUCAGCAUCAUACACGCACCUGGCGCCUCCAAAAUGACUCAACAACCUGGGAUGAACAUGUGUUCGAGUUGACACUACCCCGCAGUGCGGCAGGUAGUGUAGGCCAUGUUGAUGUGAGAUUCAGCCUACACUCUCCCUGUCCAGAACUUCCUACAAUUCAAGUCACUUUGCUUAAACAAAAUAUAACUGGCAUCGGUCAUCACAAGUCUCCGUUAACACCUGUCGAUGAGAGGAUAGACUUCACCAUUGGUAGUGAACAAAAGGGUGAAAAUCCUGUCACUACCAGCGAAUAUCUACGGCGACAUAAUACUGAAAUUUUAUGCGGCCCCAUAAACUUACAACGGUGCACAGAUCUCUCUGAUUAUUCUGGAUGCGUCACUCUCACGAGCCCCAGACUCUUCCGAUCGAAAGCCAGAACGAUCCUUGUUCAUAUAAAAGCGCUAGUCGACCCAGUAAAAGAUGGGGCUUCUACAAAAUCUCGAAUAAACAUAAUGGAAACCAAACCUCCGACUACCAAAAAAUUGAAAAUAGGCGAAGCCGGCCCACUCCUACCAGGGGCUACGGUUGAAAGGAUUGCUGCUAGUGCCAACAAAAAAUUGGAAUACUAUAUCGGCUGUGACUGGAUUCAUGAAAUAUCAAUUACCAUAAGGACGGUCCAUUCAACUAACAUACCAAUCAAAAGAAUUCAGCGAUGUGCAAUGCUUGAAUCUAAAUCGUUCAUCGAUAACAUUUUGAACGUCGCCUGCCUGGAUGGGUCUGAUAAAUCACCAGUAGUACAGUCUCUCUCAUUAGAUAUACUGAAUUGGGCUGUUGCCAUAAGAACAGUACGAUUACGAACAGGAUACACUAAUCCGGAAAUGAAAAGUAUCCAGCUAGAAACUAUACGAUCUGUACAAAAACGUUUAUUGGACUUGUUACGUACUUGUCUUCUACACGCUGGUAGAAGUAUUGCUCACAAAUGUGUGAAAUUGAUUGUUUUAUGCAGCGAGGGUCUUCAUAACUUGGACGAACCUUUGCCUUAUUCUUUUGACGAGGCAGUAUUAUCAGUCUUAGUGACUUUACUUCCAUCGGUAGUGGGAGUACAAUGGGCUGGUUCAUUGCGAUGGCUUGCAGUACUUAUAACUCGAUUAUUACCCCUUGAUAGGAAUCACAGUGUUGCUCAGCAAUGCAUAACUCUUGUGCAACAGAUAGCAGUUGAGAUGUCAAACAGAGUAAACCCCCAUCAUUUGCUAUUGGCAACAAGGUUUGGAUUGUAUAACACACCCUUUGAAAUGGAAUUGUUUGACAUGGAGCCACCCAUGCCAGCGCAAUUUAGUUCUAUCCCUGUAACUUACGCUACAGUAGUCACCGGAGAGCAGACAGCCUCCGUUACUGCUAGCAACCCCGCACACUCUCAAGAAACCAUUGACUUGAGGGAUCUUCUCACAUUAUCGGCGCAUCCUACUAGCGAGCUUAAAGUGCCUAGCAAGCUUAGAGCGCUUUGUGCAAACCAUAACAUGAAGGGUCUUCUGGAGGUAGAACCUCUUCACUUUACUUGCCACUCAGCAUCGGAUGGAACUAAAAUGGAGAAAAUCGAUCCCGGCGUAAACACAGUUAAUAUUGGUACAACGCUUUAUGAUAAUCCAUCGACAAACAACAACAACAACAACAACAACAACCCUGUACCAGACAUAAAAAUUAUUCAUCAGUCAUAUAAUUUGGAUGCGGUAUCGCUAGAACCAGAUCUUCAGGAUAAGUUGGCAACAAAAAUAAGUAAUCUACUUAGUCAGUGUAACGCAGAAAACUCAAAAAAGCCAGCAGCACUAUUGUCACUUACACCUGACGAUCAAUCAGACAGUGAGGAAGCUAAUAAUAUUCCUGGUGAAUUUAAAAUCUGGCACAACGCUCAAAAUGAUGCUCCUAACCCUCAUACGAUAACUUCUUCCAUAUCGAAAGAAAAAUCAUCAGUACCAAACGCUAGUACAGCUACAAACAAAAUUGAGGACAACCAUAACAAGAAGCGCGAAGACAUCACAUUUCCGUGGGGCAGGCUGCUGAGCUGGCCUCCGCAGCAGGCCUUGGUAGUCGAAAGAAUGCAUUCUGGAGCUCGACGAUUUGUUGUAUUGGACUUCGGCUCCCCUAUAUUAUUGACCGAUCUGAUGAUACCCUCGUGCAGCGAUCUGGUAUCAUUGUCUAUAGAUAUCUGGACAAAAAGCGAAGAAAGUGACGGGACUCGUCUCUUUGUCGCAGGAGAUAUUGGCUCCAAGCCUCUAGUUGUCAGCGAUCUACAGCCACCCCCAGUCUGUAGAUAUCUUAAGAUCACGACGAUUGGACGUUACGGCAUGUCCACCACAAGGUGUAAGAUUCCUCUGGGAAUGUUUUACGGACAUAUGGUAGUACUUCCAGGUGAAGAUUACUUCGAAUUAAACACUUCCUAUGACAGGCAAGACAACACCAUGGACACAGCUGUACAUCCAUCGAUAGAAUCUCAAUGUAGUAUUCUCUCCGCACUUGCCGAAGACGUCCAGUGCAGGUUUAGCUUGGCAACGGAGCGGCUGAAGGGGCUUUUAGACCCGCUGUUGUGUACAGAAACACCAAAUGUCAUUCACAUGCAGCAUUAUUUACAUCAAAGUAAAUCUUCGAAUGAGAAUGUUGAACAGUCGUCUGCUAAAAUCUUGUCCACAUAUCAGGAGUGUAUGGUGUUCCAACAACAACUGAACGUAGUGCGCAGCGUAUGGCGACGACUAGAAUCUUGGAGAGGUUCUCAACACGUACCAGUACCAUCUUUGGCUAGUGCACCUACCGACAAGCUUAGAGCUCUUGGAGAAACUUUACUCGACAUUCUUCUCUACACAGUAUAUGAAAUUGGACCCGUGCCUAGGAUUCCCAUUUCACUCUGCGAUGUAUUUACGCCAAUGAUUUGUGAUAAGUUUUUCCAUUCCAUUUGCGUUGUAACUGCUGCGCCGAGGCUGCAACUCCAUGCAGCUGCACUUUUGGCACGUAUGGUGGGCCAUCAACCUUGGUGGGGAGAUUUUUUGGCCAAUACAUUGAUCAAUUUAUAUUCAGCUUCUUGUACACACAUCUUUCCUCAAGACAGGGUGUUCAUACUGCUAACAUUCCUCGGACGAAAGUCACUAAUAGCAGGAGCUAAUAAAUCAUCGGUGGUAGAUUCCAUGGUUCGUACAUUGGGCAGGCUAUUAGCUCCUUUGUCUAACGGUCAAGCAUCAAACACAAAUCGAUUGGAUACCACCCUUAUUGGCUGGGUUCUUCUCUUCCUUUCCGUUUGCUUGGAUACGACAAAUGCCCAACCCGUUUCGCAUGAGGAAAACAAUGACAAAUACAAAGAUCAAGUCUUGUCUACGAGAUGGGAAUUCAUUCAGGGAGAAUCUGCGAUGCAACGAAAAUUCGUUAGUGCCAGUCGUUCGUCCGCAUCUCGUAAUUAUCGUAAGAAACUCCAAAAGCGACUGAUGCAUCACAAACAACAACUGCAGGAUCUUGAGCAGGCCAAAAAAGCCUUUCAUGCCUCUAACCAAGUACAAGCUUUGUCUGCCCUGUCAUCCCAAGCUGCUACUUUAACUAGUAAACUUGAAGCAGCCUUGAAACAGCAGGAACACUUUUUCAAAAAAACGUUAAAACAACACUCAGCAAAACAUUUUAAAGAUAUACUUAGUAUCAGACGAACCGAGUCUCAAAAUUUAGCUCGAAGUCCGCGACCACUACCACCGCAACCUAGCUCGAGUCGAACGGAGGCAAGCUUGGACGCGGAUAAUGAAACUACAGGACACUUAUCACAUACACAUUGCCUCCCGGUUGCACGUGGUCUCGUGGCUCUUAUUUUAAAUAAUGCUGCUAAUGUCGAUAUGUUCCUCCUGGCCUGCAAGGUUGUAGCACGGUUAGUUGUAUCGACUCGUCCUGCGAUCAGUUUGGGUGAACUUAUGACGGAAGAACAGUUGUUCAGAUUAGUCAGGUUGGCUACGGGCGCCUCAGACGCCGCUUGGGCAUCACAUGCAGUUUCGUGUCUUCUACAAGAUCUAUUAGAAGGUGGUAGACUGUUCCCAAAAACAUCAACAGCUCGCGAAGGAAGCCCAUCCGAAGAAAGUUUCGAUUCAUUGGCAGCUGAGGAGAGUAGCACCGCUGACGAAGAAGCAACAGCCGUUGCAGGACCAAGCAAUUCUGCUGCAACAUUUGGUAACGAAGUUGGUGACGCGGAUGGCGAUGGAGAUGAGGAUACGCAAGACAGUGUGGUCGUAACUCCUGCAACUGCCUCUACGUCAAAAUCCAAUGGAUUCACGCUCCCAUCCCUACUUGAAUCUGAUGAUAGCGAGCUCGAAGACUUCCUUGAUGACAUAUUGGAGCGUGGUAGAAACCUCCUCAAAAAAGGAACUACAGUGUCCAAGUUUCCUGCUCCAGCAGGCUUGGGCAGCAUUUCUCUGGCAGUUGAUGCCAGACUAGAAUAUGGAGUAGAGACCGGCGUAGAAAUUGCCUUGCGGAGAUUAUCUACUCUCGGAGCAUAUAACCUACCACUAAGCGUAAGCGCAACUAUUCAGGUUCCCGUGGAAUCGAACCGUUACACGCACUCAGCGACUUCCAGAAACUCUGGUUGGAGCGAUAGAAAUCAGGAUAAUUGGAACUCUAGCGAUGCAGCUCUGUCUAGUCUACUUAUGCUUACUCGUUGCUUUGAGAAAAUCUUCACAGACUUGUACUUGCAGAAUGCAGGUACCAGUUUACAGCUCGUAUUGCAAUUAUGGCUGACGCUAAACUUGGAUGGCGCAACUGACCCACCAAACAGCUCAAGCUCAUUCGACCCGUCGUUGCUCCCAGCGAUACCACUCAGUUCUGCAGCAAUUUCUGGCCUUAUUUCUGCACUGUCCUGGCAUCCGGGAGUUUCUUUACGAGCUUGGUGUCUUGCGCUGCAAUGCUUGACUUUAGCCAGUAAUCAACCGCUGAAGACAACUGUAGAAAAUGUUGAGGUUGCCAGCAGUUGUCAACCUCUAGACGGCCUACUUGGCGGUAUGGCGAGCUGCAUUAUUAAAGAACCAAACAUCGGCCCGAUGUUAUUACGCCUUUUCUCGGGUAACGGACUAAACGUUGAUACCACAGACAAGCAAUAUGUCAUGGCUGGACCAACCGUGUGUCAAGCGUUACAAGAUUUUUUGGUGCGAUUAGAAAUGCGAUGCGACGUCAUAACGCCAAACAGUUCUUUAGGCAAUUCUUUGAAGGAAUUGCUACUCUGGGUAGUUUACCAACUCGUGCAGCCCGGAGGAGCUUUAGUUGCCCGACGAGGUCCACUCGAUGCCCAAUGUAAACUCAUAACAUCUCUCAUCAAUCUCAAUUUUGCCAACACAGACUUGGGCACUGCAAUGAGCAUAUCCGAAUGCGUGGGUGUCUUGGUGUCUACGUACGUCAGAGGAUCUGGUGUCGGUGCACAAUGUGGAGGUGCGGUUGAUAAUGGUAACCAAUCCGGAGGAUUCGGAGGACUGUUCGCUUGCGUUCUCGGUGGAGAUGCAAGGCAAGGACGUCCUGCAACAUGGGAUACGUUAGUCGUUGCGCUUAUCAAACUAGUCUGCAAGCUCAUUCAGACGCCUCUACCCAACGCACGAUCCACCAGGCAAGAUAGUACAACGGAAAUGGAAAUCGGUGAAACAUCGCAAAGGUCUAGUUCAAGCAGCAGCGUUGAACAAGAGAAACUUAAUACCUCUCAAACAGACGAAAGUAAGGUAGCCGAGCAACGAACUUCAUCUCGAAAUCAUCAGCAUGGUACUACAAAAGCACGCGUUCCAUGCGUUGCUGAUACAGUCUUGCAACAUGAACCAACCAUGAUGAGGCUGUUAGGUGCCCUCGGACACAGUACAGGGUCGUCGUUAGCCAUGUUGUUGGGAGAAGGCGCAGGAGCAGCUACAGAGCUAGGAGAUCCCUCGUCAAUUCCCGAUGCCACUUUUCAAUUACUGUCCACUCUUACCAGAAAAGCCAGCAGUCCCACUCUGGUUCUCAACCCGCUCUAUCAGUAUCUUGCGUCAUCGUGUGGGCAAACUGGAGGAGAGCGACAAUUGGGAGUGAUGCAAUUAUCAGAACCUUUACUCUGGUAUAUAUUAAGAGUCCUCGACAACGAAGCAUCGCUGUCAGUGUUUACAAGUAUGGGCGGUGUAAAAGUGCUGUGUGAAAAUCUGGUUAAGGCUAGUAGUAGCAGUAGCGGUAGUAACUCGGCGUCUCCAGGUGUAAUAGCUUUGGUUAUGCAACAUCUUUCAAACUCGCCAAAUCUUGCCCACGUUGCUGCGAACAGUAAAAAAUGUGCAAACUCCGCCGAGUAUUACGAAGAUGGAUUACUCAAUUUCGCACCACUCGGAACAAUAUCGUGGUCGAAUCCUACGGCGCAAGCUGCGGAUGUUCUUAUUCAGAGCGCUGCUCCUCAUAGACGAGCUAGAACCGCUGCGUGGUCUUACCACUUCUACCCCGACGAAUCUUGGGUGGAUCUUACAAUUACUUUACCUUGCGCAAUUUUACUUAGGGAAGUAGAACUCCAACCACAUCUUACCGCGCUUGCCACCUGUCCAUCCGCAGUUGCUCUGGAAAUAGCAAGAGAAGGCAACACAACUUUGACACCCAUAUGCCCGCCUAUGCCUACAGCUGGAUUAACAUUCAUAAGAUUGACUUUGUCUCAACCAGAAGUGGUCACCGCAGUUUUGGUUAGACUUUACAAACCUAGAGACUCAACAAAUCUGGGGUUGAGUCAGAUAAGGCUAUUAGGUAUGACUGCCUUUGGUGAAAUAAGAACAACUACCGAAGCGAUAGACGAAGAACAGCUCACAAAGACGAGCUUAGGUUGGCUUCGGUUAGUGCAUCAGUGCUUAUCGGUGAGCAUGCUGAACAGCAGCCUCUCAGAUGCGGUUUUAAACUCUGCGGCAUCCGUGGAAGGACUUAUGGAAGCAUGCUGUAAUUUGUUGCUACUUCCAGCCCCAUCGCUUUUUACUCCCAAUUUAGAAAGAGUUCUUCUACAACUGGGUCUACAUUCACGAGAUCUUGGUCUACGCUUGAUUAAUCUUCUACUGAACAACAGAUCUACUCCGCUUCUGCAAGGUGCUCUAACAUCUGGAAGCCAAGAAACAUCGACGGUGCAGUUGGUGGUCGAGCUGCUGCAGCAGCUGUGCUCCGCACAAGAUGAUACCACAGAAGCAAGAAUGUUAGCUGUCCUAUCGUGGCUGUAUAAUUCAGCUGUCAAUGCAGUCGCUCGAUUCAAUUCUAACGCUGCUCUAAUUUCACCGUCGGCGAUAUAUGUUCAUUGCAUUUCCGCCAUCAUAUGGAAAGCCCAUCAGCAAACCGAUCUUAACUACGACUUACAAUCUCUACUCACCAAUGAACUCUUCAAUGCCCUAUACGAAUGGAGCUUAACUCUAGGAACUUACACAGCAUUGAAACAGUCGAUCGAUUCUACGAUAUGCUCUCUCUGCUACGUGAGACCAUCGCUCUUCCCACUUCUACUACAAAAAGUUAGAAUUCUGGUUCCCAAUUUAGCCACUGAUCAUUCUGCCUCUAUAUCCGACGAUCGAAAAGAAAGUGAGGGACAGACCGAUGACAGGAAGAGUGAAAACGACGCCGAAGAAUGGUACUGUAGGUUGGUACUGCCCGAAUGCAAACGGCUCCAUCUUAGCGAAGGACAGUUGCUUACCGUAGCUGCUGCUGCUAGAUCGCCACCCGUUACACAGCAACUCAUAGAUUCCGGUCUUCCUGCUCUGCUUACUGCCUCAAUUACAGAAUUUUGUAACAUCGAACAAAUAAAGCAACGUUCGCCUAAAGAUGAAAGAUGUACAAAUCACACCAGCAGAAGUCUAACGGACAGCGAUAAAGCCGGCGAAUCUUCACACCAAACCAAUAAUAACUUAGAUGGUUUGUGCAUGACAGAACCUGAAAGUAUAUCAAUGGUAUUGGAGUUUCUGUCACUGAUAUGUUCGGAAGGUAGAAUGCGGGAUUGGUUGGGAAAAGAGGGUCGCAGCUUCUGGCUACCGCUUUUGUCGCUGCUAAGCAAUCGCCCCAUUGAAAAUCCUUCUGUCUGUUCUUCUCGGUGCUCAAAAACAAGCGUCUCCUAUUCCAGCUUGGAGAGUGCCAUGAUAAAAUUCCUGUCUCGAUGUUGUUGGUGUCAUCCGGUGAAUCAGAAAUUACUUGCUGAGCUGCUGACGGAUGUCAUUUCGCAACAGAGAACACCGCUAAGUGUCCGAUACCUACAUGGCAUUUCUGGAUUCACUCGUCGCUUAAUUCUACAACUUCUGCUGGAGGGCGAGAAAGUAUUAAUCGCAAUUGGAUCCGAAGCGCCAAUGAAAGUUGUGACUACCGAAGCUAAGCACAACAUGCCGUCUAUGCCUCCACAUCCGGCACACCCCCUUGGCCAUUACCAUCAACUUCUCUACCUUCCUACCCAAGCAACGGUAGCAGAUAUUUUGCAGCAAGUGUCCGGUACUUGGCUUCCGUUACUACUUCCAUCAAAUUACAAAGGAACUGAGAAUCAAGCUACAGAUUUGAACCGCACCAGAGAACUUUGGGAAUCUGGUAUGGCUCUGGUGGCAGAUACCCUUAGCGUAGCUGCUGGUAACACAGCAAAAGACAAACGAGCCAAAGAAGCAUCGCUCAGAUCUCAAACCCGUGGCUCAUUGUUGAGGAGGGCUCGAACAAAUGCUGAUGGAACAUCGACAGCUGGGAAAAGCUCUUCCAAUAUUCUCCAGGGGGGCUCGUCAAGUACGGGAAAUCAACACUAUCUGACCCAUGCAUCACAUCCAGGCAUUCCACUUCCUCCUCAACUCACCAUUUCUCAAUUGCUUGCCAUAGCAGAAGACAGUGGAACAUCUCUGUCUGAACCUUGUCUCUAUUUAUCGUUGCGUCAACGUAACAAAGAUUCCAAAGAGGAGAUACCGAAACAGAGCGACAACGAAUUGCUCAAUUAUCGCAGUGCGGAGAGUUCGCUCGGAGUGUUUAGCGCUACAGGUGGAUUAGCUAUUCUAGCAACACAUUUACCUCUCAUCUAUCCAGAUUCCGGAAGAUCUGCCUCGUAUACCGAGAAAUCGCCGUCGCCGGAACAGCCAGAUGCCGAUUGGGUAAAAGUUGAAGCCAGCGAUGAAAUUUAUGAAGAUUUAGAAGGUGUUAAUGUUGGCUCACCGAGGGCACCACCUCCGACACCUCAUAUUCCUCCUCAUUCUCUCGCCGCGUUUGGACUCUUCCUCAGACUUCCUGGCUACGCAGAAGUCCUGCUCAGAGAUCGCAAACACGCUCAGUGCUUGCUCAGGCUCUCUCUGGGUGUAUUAGAUGACGGAGAUGGAGGUGACGUUUUAGCUUCUCCAUUCGCUGCUUCCCUGCCAACGCUCCCUUUCCAAGUUCUUAGGCAAUUGCUAGAAGCAACACCGCCAACUACGGAUGAUGGUUUGUUGUUGAGGCGAACGGCAAUCGAUAUAGGCGCGGUACAUCUGCUGCUAAAUUGUUUGGCUAUCUUUACACAUCAAACCGGCUACAACGAAAGCAACGAACAAAAAUUGGGGCAGAGCGGAGGACGCAGCGAUGACAAGUCACAUUUGUAUUGGGCAAAGGGCACCGGGUUUGGAACAGGGUCAACACAGCAAUCGUGGAAUGUGGAGCAAGCGCUUUUGAGACAGCGUUCCGAGGAAGAGCACGUUACAGUCCUGUUACAAGUGAUAGCUAGCUAUGUGGGACCUGGUGGGCCACCGCAGAGAGAAUUACCAACUCCAUUCGGCGAUCUCCUCGCACGUUCCUGUUUACUCCCAGCUCUCUCCUCAUACUUACGAAAUGACUCCGUCUUGGACAUGGCGAGGCAUAUCCCUUUGUACAGAGCAGUCCUGCAACUUCUUAGAGCAAUGGCUCUCUCGAGCCAACUAGCUCCGCUUCUGCUUCCUCGAGGAGGAAGGAACGCCGAGCUUUCUAUCGUGUCACUUUUAUCCAGCAUGAGAGUCUGCGUAGACACGUACAUGCAUAAAAUAAAUAGAACAAGGAGCAGCAAAUCAAAAUCUGCUUCCAAGUACCCCGAGGAUACGGAACAAGACGAAGGGUUGGCUACGCUGAUCCCAGAUAUUCAAGAAAGUGCAAAUAUUGUCCAAAACGCUACCUCCAGGUUGGCUAGCGCUGCUGAAGAACUUGCAGGCCCAAGUCCUACAGCUUCGGAACUUCCAUUGCGAUCCGUCGAACAGAGAUAUCUAGAAGUUAUGAAGAAUCUUCAGUUCGACACUUAUGAAAUGAUAACAGAAAACUCUGAAGGUGGUGGUUACAAAUUUGUUGUAUCCCAUCACUUUGAGUCAAACAUGAGAGAAGCUGGCGAACGUAGUCAUCCAACUAGAAUGAAAAGGCUCGCACAAGAGGCCACCACUCUGUGCACUGCUCUUCCUCUCUCCUAUAGCAGCAGUGUGUUUGUCAGAUACGAUGCCGAUAGACUCGACGUCAUGAAGGUACUAAUAACAGGUCCAGCCGAAACUCCCUAUGCAAAUGGCUGCUUUGAGUUUGAUGUGUACUUUCCACCGGACUAUCCUAAUAGUCCGAUGUUGAUAAACCUCCAGACAAAUGGUCGACGGACGGUUAGAUUUAAUCCUAAUUUAUACAAUGAUGGAAAGGUAUGCCUCAGCGUUUUGAAUACAUGGCACGGUCGGCCGGAAGAAAAAUGGAACGCCCAUACCAGUAGUUUUCUUCAGGUCCUAGUGUCGAUACAGUCGUUAAUCCUGGUAUCAGAGCCAUAUUUCAACGAACCAGGCUACGAGCGAACACGGGGGACGUCCAGUGGAGCUCAAUCUAGUCAAGAAUAUAAUGCGAAUAUUUACCAAGCUACUGCUAGGUGGGCGAUGCUUGACCAAAUACGGAAUCCUUGUCCCUGUUUUAAGGAGGUCAUUCACACUCAUUUCUGGAUAAAACGACAUGAAAUUGUUACGCAACUCGAAGGUUGGAUCAGAGACAUGGAGCGACAUGGAGCAGAUCGUCGAUCGGGGCGCACCAUUUCCCUCAAUGCUCUAGCACUUAAAAGACAUUAUAGAUUAUUGAGAGACGAAUUGAACAAACUCCCAACACCGGAGGGCUUGGAGGAUUUAGUGGAGCCCCUUUCGUCCCCAGGUUCGCCUCUGGAACUCGUUGAAACUCCUGAUAGUCCGAGUACACCACCGACCUUGACAACAUCCGCAGUUACUCCAACGGCAACAUUAAAUGAUGCAAUUACACACCUGAGCAAUAUUGAGGCGAGCAGCAACAUGAUACAUCAUGAUAUCGACACGGAUGUAGAAAUGGAAAAAAUGGUUUCAAAAGUGUGUGAAUAAUUAACGGGUGUGUAUAGAUUGUUGGACAUUUCGAAAAGUCUAUUGUUAGGAUUAAAAACAAUAAUAGAUUUGAACCAGCUUUUACAAAUAACUGGUUUAAAAAGGUGGGGCGCACGAGCAAUGUGGAAGGAACAGGACGGGCAAAGGUAACGAUGGAGAGAAAUAAAAUAAUAAUAAUAACAAUAAUAACAAUAAUAAUAUUUAAAUGAAUAAUUAAAAUAAAUAUACAUAUAAUAAAUAAUGUACGCCAGAUUUUGAAGGAUGUGUGGUGUACUUGUUCAUGACAGCUAUGAUACAUGUGCCACGUUCUAAUAACCUGUACUUUAAUAUUAUAGGUACCAACUGUUACUCCAAUAUUUAUUAUACAUGUUCCUCGUUUUAUGUAGCUGGUACCCCUACAUGCAAUGCGACUGAAUCUUAAGAUUAUGUUAAUAAAUAAAAUGGGUACAUUGUUAUGUAGCAUCAGGUAUUAGUUUCCUUUUAAGUGCGAACAUUAUCUGCUGAGAAAACGAGAAAAGAAAAUAGAUGUGAAAAGAUAAAGAAAAACAAAUGGACACAAAUCGUACACGCAAGCCGUUAUUAGUAAACGUAGUGAUGUAACUAAUCAGCACACAGUAAUUUUCAUAUGAAUUGAUUAUAACGAAACUAAUAAAGUCAUUUGGUUUUCAACUGGCUUUUAAUAUUUAUCCGAAAACAUGGCUUUUAUGUGCCUUUUCUCAAUUCAGAUUUAGCCCCACCCCAAGUGGGUUUAAAUAUUUAACCAUAAGUUUUAGGUUGCAUUGUAUAUAAAACCGUUUUAGGUUGACGAUAGAAAAAACAAGGAAAAAUUUCAAAUAAAAUUGAUUAGAAAAAAACAAAAAAAAAAACGAAGAAUGAGAAAAAGAAAAAAAUUCAACAACAAGCAAAAUAUAUAGUAGGUUUAAAUAUACAUAUUUGUUAUAUCUACUCAUGACUUAGGUAUAUAAUACUUGUAUUGUAUUUAGUCAUCAAACUUCAAAAUACAUUUACCGCGAGAAUUUAGUCAGCCAAGAAUUUUAAGUUUAUCAUUUACUCCUGAAAAUUGAUAUAUCAUCAUUUUUAUCUGAAAAUCAUCGUCGAUAUUGUCUACAGUAGAUAGUUGAGCGAAAAAUGGCGAUAACAUUCUGCACACAAUUAUUGUAACUAUUCUAUCGAUUGAUAUGACCUUACGGAUAUUAGGUAAAUGAUAAUUUUGUGUAAAUUUAUAGACAUCAACCGUAACUAUGCAGCGAUAUUUUAUAGUACCUACCUACCUACCCAACACAUUAACCGAAUGGUGGUCAUUAACAUGAAAUUUUUUAGCUAAUUAGUGAAAGAAAUUGAAUCGAUCAAUUGAAUUUAUUGUUUUAACUGUCACCAAAGCGAGGUAAAUGACGCUGUGUGGAAAUAGAAUCGACACGACGAUAUUGAAGAGAGAAUAAUUAAAAGGAUACGACUAAAGAAACUUUUCCUUCCUGAGAAAGGAGAUCAUACGGAAUGAGGGGGAAAAAAAUGAUAAAAAAUCUGAUAAACAGAAGAAAGGAAAAAUGAUUUGACCUCACCUCAGACGAAUCAAAGAAUUUGAGAAAUUCAUAAUAUCGGUAUUUCACCUAUUUCAUUUCACUUUACUUGAUGUUAUUCUUCUUUCUUUUAAAUUUGAGGCUAGUGUCUAUUAUUUUUAUAUCUCAUUAUGAUGAAACGCAGGACUAUAAAUUGUAGUUUGAAUUAUUGAUGUGAUAGUCGUCUUAGAAUUCAGCUUCAAUUUCAUUUCUGCAUUCUGCACUAACGAGCAAAGCUAGAUGAAAUUAAAUUAGUUUCAAUAACUUUCAUAAAUUAUCCUGCAAAAGCUCUUGACAAAGUGAUAUGCAAAGUAAUAUUUUUCUGUUCAUUCGAGUGACCAUCAACUUUGAUAUAAGUAUUCUUUUUAAUAUAAUCAUUUGGUUUUGACUUAUUUUGAUUUCAUAUUAUUUUUUAUUCUUCUAUUUUUUUACCCAAGAUAAUUUCAUUUCGGUGACUAUAUUACUUGGAUAACGAAGCUGCGUGUAAAAUUGAACAUACCAUAGUAACAGAUAUUUGAAUUAUAGUUUUGCCAAUUAAUAAAUAUGAUUAAUUAUAAUACUGAUAAUAUGUGAAAAAGUUGAAGACAUGUAAUAUAUGGAUUUCACGAAUCAAAACUCUAUAUUGCCAUACAUUUAUACGUGUUUCAAGUUAAUUAUUCUCGUAAUUCAACAAUUAUUCAAUGAUAAAUAAAUAAAAAGCAAAAGGAAAAAAAUAAUGAACAAAAACAGAUGUCACAAUAAUGUGAAAUGAAUAUAGGUAAGAUGAUGUACUUAUUGGAAACAUCCUGUAGGAUAGUAUUAUUACGUCAUAUUGGUAGUUUUUUUUUGUGCACCUCGUUUUUCGUUCACUUUUGAGAGGUGGGGUCUGAUGAGGAAAACUACAUAACGUAACGUAGAUGAAAAUAGUGUAACGAUAAUUAAGGAGAAUAUUAUUAUGAAUUCUAAGAUUAUUCUUUGAUUUUGUAAGUUUUGUAUCAUAUGUUAUAUCAUUUUUUGAUCAAUUUCAUGUAAAAAAGAACGCAAACGAAAACAAAGAAAAAAAAUAACAUACGUACCACACAUACGAUUAUGUGAAGAUGAAGUUUUCAAAUAUAAACUUAAAUUCAAAAAAAAUAAAAAGGAUAAUUAUACGUA